AUGACACAUGUGGCUCCCCCCUCACCUCUGACACAUGUGACUCCCCUCCUCACCUCUGACACAUGUGACUCCCCCCUCACCUCUGACACAUGUGACUCCCUCCUCACCUCUGACACAUGUGACUCCCCCUUCACCUCUGACACAUUUGACUCCCCCCUCACCUCUGACACAUGUGACUCCCCCCUCACCUCUGACACAUGUGACUCCCCCCUCACCUCUGACACAUUCGACUCCCCCCUCACCUCUGACUAUAGUUUCUCUAUAAACUAUAGUCUUUUAAAUGUCUAG